AUGGCAGAGGCAGUGUUUGCUCACAUGUUACGGCAAAACGGUCUAGAGGACCAAUUUCACGUAGACAGCGCUGGAACGUCGAGCUAUCAUAUUCUCGGACAAUUAAAACAUGUCGUAAACACGGGGUUCCAGUGGAUCACAGUGGUCGACAAAAUCAAACCAGAAGGAUCAAAGGCUAUAGUUCAGUUGUUUGGCGAUUUCGAUCCAGAGGGCGAUCGCAUUAUUAGUGAUCCUUAUUAUGGAA